AAUCCCCUCUCUCUCCAUAUAUCUCCAACCCCAGUCCCGAAACACCAUCGACCUAUUCUCCAUCUUGAUCUAAAUCAAAAUCUAAUAAUCUCUGAUCCUCUCCAUCUCCUAUCCAUCGACAAUGCUUCUCUCUCCGGGCCACUCCCCUCGCCAAAUCUCUUCGCCCCCCGCCUCCGAGAAAACCCUAACCCUAGAUCCCUCUACGCCGGCAUCCUCCUCCUCCGCCGCCGCUUCCCAGCCUCCGGGAAACCCCCGGAAGCGCCGCCCCUCCGUCCUCGACGAGGACACCUACGUGGCCGCGAUCGAGAAGAUCAUCGAGCGCGACUUCUUCCCCGACAUCCCCAAGCUCCGCGACCGCCUCGACUGGCUCGAGGCCGUUCGCAGCGGCGAUCCCGUCCUCAUCCGCGACGCCCAGCUCAAGAUCCUCGAGCGGCGGGCCGCCGCCACCGCCGGCAAGACCCCCUCCGUCGCCCCAGACAGCACGGCCACCGGCAACCGCUCCCGGACCCCCGGUUCCACCUUCUUUCCCGUCCCUUCCGCAACCCCCUUCGGCUCCGACCAGACUCCGGCAGUCCCUCUCGCCCCCACGGAUCCGGCCACGUCCGAUGACCCUGCCGCCGACGUCGAUGUCUCCCUCACGCUCGAUGAAUUCUUCCGCAGGUACACAAGCGAGGACAACGACAGCUUCUCGAAGAUCAUGGAGAAGGUCAAUAGGAAGAAGAGGGAGAGGUACGCCUAUCUGUUGGAGGGCGAGAGGGAGACAGUGAAAACCCUAGAGGAUGAGAAGAGGGAUCGGAUCACCGAUGGGUACGGCACGUCCGGUCAGCCAGCGAGCACGCUGGAAGGAUGGAAGUACACGGCCAAGAAUCUCUUGAUGUACGAUCCGGCCGAUCGAGGGGAGGUAGCAUUGACGGAGGAGGAGAGGGCUGUGAGGCUUAAGGGCUUGACAAAGGAGAUCAGCCAUUCCAGCACUCGGUUCCAUGGCAAAUUGGUGACGGAUGCGAAGCCCACGAAGGAGGAAGAGGCCGUAGCAAUCCUUUACACCCCAGUCCCUGGCACCACUCCAGCCGGUGCCGCUUGGCCUUUUGCAGAUAGAGAAGCAGAGAGGUGGAAAAAAUAUGACUUGGAGGAUCUGAGGAAGACCCCGAAUCCGUUCUAUGUGGAAUCCAUCAAGAAAUCGGAGAACGGGUAUAGUUUUGUCAGGACACCGUCUCCUGCCCCGGGUGUGGACGAAUCACCAUUCAUGACAUGGGGGGAAAUAGAAGGGACACCACUGAGAUUGGAUCCUGAGGAGACACCAGUCGGCAUUGGUGGGAGCAGUGAGGGACCCCACUAUAGGAUUCCACAGCCACCUUCUCGGGAUGUGAAAGCCCAUUCACUGUCAAGGGAAGCGGCACGAAAGCUGAGGGAGAGAUCUAAGAUGUUUCAGAAGCCUCCCUUGCCAUCACCAGCUAGAGGGGGCAGCGCCAGCCCUAGUGUGAGGACAUUGUCACCAGCUGCACAGAAGUUUGUGAGGAAUGCAAUUGCGAAGUCUUCACGCUCUGUGGAUGAGUCACUUCGUGCAAGUUAUCGUGGUUCGAGCCCGCUCAUGAGCACUCCAAAGGAAAGGUCAAGGUUCUCAAGAGAUGCUAGUUUGGCAUCAAGAUCUCCUUCAGUAAGACAGGGUUCCACUCCUCCCUGGUGAUGAAAACUUGCUUAUACUGUUUUUAAGCUUUAGACCUAAAGAAUGGAGUCGUGUUUUCGUGGCAUCUAUGCAAGUGUAUAUUUAAGUGUUUUUACUGGUUCUUGGUGUUUAAAGUUGCUGAUUUAUAAUUUAGGUAUACUUUUAGCUUUAAAGGGUGAUGCCUUCUUCA